AUGCCUCGAGAUCCACUUAUCGGGCUUGUGGGAAAGCCAUCGAGCGGAAAAUCCACGACCUUGAACAGUUUGACCGAUGCCAGUUCCAAAGUCGGCAACUUCCCCUUCACAACCAUUGAUCCCCAGCGAGCGAUCGGAUACCUUCAGAUCGACUGUCCAUGCGCGCGCCAUAAUGUGUCAGAUAAAUGCCGGCCGAACUACGGUGGCUGCCACGAAGGACGACGUUCGGUUCCCAUUGAAUUGUUGGAUGUCGCAGGGCUCGUUCCCGGUGCGCACCAAGGCCGAGGACUGGGAAACAAGUUCUUGGAUGACUUGCGACAUGCCGAUGCUUUGAUUCACGUUGUUGAUGGGAAAGCAACCCGCGGCUACGACCCGUCUGUUGAUAUUGAGUGGCUGCGCGGUGAGAUCGUGCGAUGGGUGCUCGGAAAUUUGAUGGAAAAAUGGGGUUCUAUUAAGCGAAGGCACACUGCGACAAAGGCGAACCCAGUUGAUACCUUACAAGGGCAAUUCUCCGGUUAUGGAAGUACCGGAAAUGUCGUUGCGCGUUGCCUGGAUAAGCUGGGCCUCAAAGAGCCUCUUGAAGAAUGGUCAGAUGAAACAGUCAAACUUGUGGUCGAGACCUUCAUCGACGAGAAGUUUCCCACCGUGUUUGCUUUGAAUAAGAUUGAUCACCCGGAUGCCGACAAAAAUAUCAGCAAAAUUGCCAAAAUGCAAGAUCCAAAGAGCAUUGUCCUAUGUUCGGCCAUUUCAGAAGUCUUUCUUCGGAGACUUGCCAAGCAAGGAUAUAUCAAGUACGUCGAAGGAAGCGAAUUUGUAGAUACUCGAGAAGAUCUGAUUGAGAUGGGAGACCCCGACGGCGGCGGUCUUAAGGAAAUGGACGAGAAACUGAAAACGCGUGUUGAAAAUCUGAAGGACAUGGUAUUAUAUCGGUUUGGCUCCACCGGGGUGGUCCAAUGUCUCUCUAGAGCAGCUGAACUUCUGGGAUUGGUCCCCGUAUUCCCAGUCCGAAACGUCCAGUCGUUCAAUUCAGGUGCUGGCACCGCUGUCUUCCGAGACUGUGUCUUAGUGAAGAAGAACACUACGGUUGGUGAGGCUGCCCGCAAAAUCAUGGGCGAUGUGCCAAUUUCAUAUAUCGAAGGCGUUGGAGGCACACGAGUCUCAGAGGAUGAUAUCGUGGCCGUUGGAAAGCAUGAUAUUUUAUCGUUCAAGAUUGGCCGGUAA